CGAAUUACGAAUCUCUCUAUAUAUUCAUCCUUGCUGCUAACCGCUUCCAUGUCACUUGUCUUCUCCAGAGAUGAUCAUAACCAGAUCCCCAAUCCAAUCCUUUCUAUCAUUCUUCCUCAAGAUCCAUCCCCACGAAAUCUACACCGUUUUCUACUCCACAUCUUCUUUCUUCUUUGUUUUGAGUGCUUAUUUUGUGGUUUUGCCUUUACGGGAUGAAGGUGCUAUAUCUUUAGGCAUAGGGAAUCUACCCGGACUCUUUGCGGGAUCCUUGAUACUUACAUUGAUUGCUGCCCCUCUUUCCACCCUCAUCUUUUCAUUGCCUAAUCUUCCUAAACCUAAGGCUUUAGUUUUGAUGCACAGGUUCUUUAGCGCAAGUCUUGUGCUGUUUUUCAUUUUAUGGGUGCUAUCUUCUCCUGCAAAUACAUUCCCCGGUUUUAAGGGUUUCCUCUCCAUGUCAUCCACCAUAAAAGAGGAACUAAAAAUUGAAACUCAACCUGCCUCUACAAAUUCUACUGACUGGGGCAAGCAUGGAUGGUUUUACGUUUCUGUGAGAAUAGGCUUCUUUUUAUGGAUUGCUCUGCUAAAUCUUAUAACUAUAUCUUCAACUUGGGCAAGAGUCAUUGAUGUGAUGGACAAUGAGUCAGGUUCAAGACUGUUUGGAUUUAUUGGUGCCGGUGCUACUUUUGGUCAGCUUUUCGGUUCAUUGUUUGCCACUGGAAUGGCUUGGUUGGGACCAUAUCUCUUGCUAUUUGCUUCCCUCUUGAUGGAACUUGCUGCACAGUCCUCCAAAGGGAUCAAUAAGGAUAUAGCUAAUCCUUCUGAAGAACUAAUUCCACUCGGAAAAACCGAAGUUGAUCAGCAGGAUGUGAUCAAUGAAGUAGAUGUAUCUGACCGCCAAGAAUCUUUGCCGACAGCUAAGAGUUCAGCUAUUGAUUCAUCAAAGCCUCAGUUCUGGGCUUUACUGGAUGGAUUUUGGCUUAUUUGGUCAUCCAAUUAUUUGUUGUGUGUGUCAUUGUUCUUGUGGCUAAGUGCAAUGACCUCUUCUUUCUUCUACUUUCAGAAAGUAACAGUGAUUGCCUCAACAGUUACAACCGCUACUGGAAGACGACGAUUGUUUGCGCAGAUCAAUAGUUUUAUUGCUGUUUUUAUCCUCGCUGGACAGCUUACUUUAACGGGACGGAUUCUUACUGUAGCUGGGGUUACUAUAGCUCUUUGCGCUGCACCAUUCACUGCGUUCUUGAAUUUAAUCGCGAUUGCCGUAUGGCCAACUUACUUAGCAAUUGCUGUCUCAGAGACCCUUCGGAAGGUAGUAACAUAUGUCGUAACUAGGCCAGGAAGAGAGCUACUAUUCACUGUCGUCACACAGGAUGAAAAAUAUAAAGCUAAGGUUUGCAUAGAUGUCCUUGUCCAGAGGUUUGGAGAUGCUACUGCAGCUGGGAUGUACAAGCUACUUCACACCAAGCUCGAUGGCAAAACAACCCACAUUUCUCUUUAUGCGUUGCCCGUCUGCGUUUUAUGGGUUUUUAUAGGAUUCCACUUGGGACGGCGACAGGCACAACUUGCCAAGUCCCAGAAUCUCUCGUUCUCCUAAAACACCCUGCUUCUCUCUUGUUUAUCAGGUAAAUUGUCAUCCAUUUUGACAUCAUACGAUUGGAUCUCUAAAUAACAUAUACCUUCCACAAGUUAUGAAACCUUUUGC